GUGCACUGUAUCCCUCAGACACAGUGGAUCACCGAUCAACGGAAAGAGCCCAAGAUGUCGGCUCAGUCAUGUGAUCAGCUGUGUCCAAUCACAGCUGAUUGCAUGGUACUGAUGAUCAGUGUGCCCUGAUGAUCUGCGUUGCCCCAGCAGUGCCACCUGUCAGUGUCCAUCAGUGCCAGCUGUCAGUGCUCAUCAAUGCCACCUGCAAGUGCCACAUCAAUGCCACAUAGUGACUACCAGUGCACAUCAAUGCCACAUAUCAGUGCCCAUCUGAGCUGCCUUUCAGUGGCACAUAUCAGUGCCAGUCAGUGCCACCUAUCAAUGCCAGUCAGUGUUACCUAUCAGUGCUGCCAAUCAGUGCCAGUCAGUGCCGCCUAGUAGUG